AUGGAGAUGCAAUCCUACUACGGCAAGCUCUUGGAGGAGUUGAACGAACAGCGCAAGAGGGACUUUUUCUGUGACUGCAGCAUCAUCGUGGAGGGGCGCAUCUUCAAGGCCCACCGGAACAUUUUGUUUGCCAACAGCGGCUACUUCCGAGCCCUGCUUAUCCACUAUAUCCAAGACAGUGGGCGGCACAGCACCGCCUCGCUGGAUAUUGUCACCUCUGAUGCCUUCUCCACCAUUUUAGACUUUCUUUAUUCGGGAAAGUUGGAUCUGUGUGGCGAGAACGUGAUCGAGGUGAUGUCGGCUGCCAGCUACCUGCAGAUGAACGACGUGGUGAACUUCUGCAAGGCGUACAUCAGGUCAUCCCUCGAUAUUUGCCGAAAGAUGGAGAAGGAGGCCGCUGUGGCGGCGGCGGUGGCGGCAGCAGCAGCUGCUGCGGCGGCGGCAGCUCAUCAGACUAACAGCAGAGGCCUCGGUUCAGGCCCAGACGUGGCCUCCUGCGCUACCAAGAGCUUGGUGUCCUCCCCAGCUGAGGGAGAGGAGAGUGUGGUCUGUCCGAGGGGGUCCUCUUGUGGUGACUGUGGAGGCUGCCACCCUUUGGCGCUGGAGGUAAAAGACGAUCAGGGUAGUGGCUCAGCCGACAGUGACCUCUCUACUCCUCUCAAACGGACAGAACCCAAGAUGGAGUUUGAUGAGAUUGAGGUGGAGGUCGGUGACCAGCUGCACCAGUUUGCUGCCCCGUUGAGCCUGGCUCAGAUGGAGGAGGGCUUGCCCAGUGGCCAGGCGGUGGACUUAGCUUACAGUAACUACCACAUGAAGCAGUUCCUGAAGGCACUCCUACAAAACAGCGCUGUCCAGAGCAAGGAUGAUGCGGACCAUCCCUGUUCUCGGAGUUUGGAGGCAAGGGCAGAUGGUGCAGGAGCAACUAUGAGUUCCCUGGUGGAUGUCCAGACCGACUGGUAUGGAGAGGAUUCAGGUGAUGUGCUGGUGGUCCCCAUCAAGCUCCACAAGUGUCCUUUCUGCCCUUACACCGCCAAACAGAAGGGAAUCCUUAAGCGUCACAUCCGCUCUCACACCGGUGAGCGGCCCUACCCCUGUGAGACCUGUGGCAAGAGGUUCACGCGCCAGGAGCACCUGCGGAGUCACGCCCUGAGCGUCCAUAGAUCCAGUCGCCCAAUUAUCUGUAAGGGUUGCAGAAGGACCUUCACAAGUCACCUGUCACAGGGCCUGCGGCGCUUUGGGCUGUGUGACAGCUGUACCUGUGUGACAGACACGCACCACAACAGUGAUGACUUAAUGCCCAUCAACCUCAGCCUGGUGGAGGCUUCCUCUGAAAACCAAGAAAAGAGCGACACAAACAAUGACUGGCCCGUGUACAUGGAGUCUGGUGAGGAGAACAACCCUGCUGGAGACAACGCUUCUGACAAGCCACUGAGGCCACCUAGCUUCUCAGAUCAAGAGACUCUCACACAGCGGUCCUCGGCUGGGGAGAGUCUGAGGCGACCUCGGGACACCAACAACUACAGCAGGAACCCGAGGGUGUCUUCUGGAUGGGACGGGCCCGCGAGCCGCUCUGUGGACGGAGGCUUUGCUCGCUCAGCGGGCUCCGACCUCCAGAGCGACCGCAGCCACGGGGUGCGGGCCCGGGGCGCGCCGCCCACAGACGUUCGGGGCCCGGGGAGAGCGGCGGGCGGCGCACAGGCGAGCGGGCGCCAUUUGUAG